CUCCUGCACGCCUUCAUUAUCAUAUCAAUCUACACCACAUCACACCCUGGCUUGAAGUGCUUCUCUCAUCUGAAGCUCUAUAUUGCCUGCAUCACACGUACCUCUAAUACCACGCCUACAAUGGCCAACUACCUCGCCUCAAUCUUCGGCACCGAGCAGGACAAGGUCAACUGCUCAUUUUACUACAAAAUCGGAGCCUGUCGCCACGGCGAUCGCUGCUCUCGCAAACAUGUCAAGCCAUCAUACUCGCAGACCGUCCUGAUGCCCAACCUCUACCAGAAUCCAGCCUACGACCCGAAAAACAAAAUGAACCCGAGCCAAAUCCAGAACCAUUUCGACGCCUUCUACGAAGAUAUCUGGUGCGAGAUGUGCAAGUACGGCGAGAUCGAGGAAGUGGUGGUUUGCGAUAACAACAAUGACCAUCUGAUCGGCAAUGUCUACGCGCGCUUCAAAUACGAGGACUCGGCACAAGCAGCCUGCGACGCCCUAAACUCCCGAUGGUAUGCCGCGCGACCGGUCUACUGCGAACUGUCGCCCGUGACAGACUUUCGAGAAGCGUGUUGUCGGUUGAAUAGCGGCGAAGGGUGCGUCCGCGGCGGUUUCUGCAAUUUCAUUCACCGCAAAGAGCCCACCCCUGAAUUACAGCGCGAUUUAGACCUGUCGACGAAGAAGUGGCUCAAGGAGCGCGGGCGCGAUGAGCGCAGUAUGAGCCGGAGCCCCAGUCCAGAGCCGACUCGGCGGAGAUUCUAGCUUUGUAGCGACUAUUCUGGUUGACUCUGCAGGCUGAGGAUUGGUAAUUCAAAAGUCGGGGUUAUGUCGGAAGCACGGCGUUAUGUAGAUUAAUAUUUAAGAUGGUUUUAUUGUACCGUAAUUGGUAUAAUCUAAUGAUAUCCAAUUUGUCAUCAGUCAAAUUCAUAAUUCCGCUCGAUUUGAUAUAUACAUUGGACUGUCUCAGCUGACCGU